AUGGCAUUUCCCGAAUUAAUGGAGAAAACGAAAAUCAAACAGCAGCAACAAGUACGACAAAGUGAUGCGACUAAUAAACAAUUAAAAAACGAGAAAUUUAACUAUAUUGAUGAACAGUAUUUUGGUACGAUUAAAGAGACCGGUGAUGGACCAAACGAAAUGCAGCAUCAAAUUCAAGCUAAAUCUAAUGAAAUGCCAAAAACCGAAGAUAUGAAUUAUAUUGACCAAAAUUAUUUUAGUACGGAAUUCAAUAAGCAUACAGUAAAAGAUGAUAUUAUGGCAGAUAAAAUUAACAAUGAAUCUCUACUAACUAAGAAAAAAUCUGGUUUAAUGACACCAUCUUCUUCAAUCAAUACAACCACAAAGACAGCUUCUUCUCGAGUACUACCGGAAAUAAAUUUUCAAUUUCGAUUACCAGAUUCGCCAGUCAAAUCGCCAACUCCGUCGCAUUCACCAUCGUUCAAGAAACUAUCUCAGUCAUUUCCAUCUACGGAACAUGAUCCACUACUGAAAAAAUAUAAUCCAAAAUUAGAAUCGAUGCGCAGUAUUAAAUCAAAAGAUUAUUUUGAUCCACCGAAACCCGACACAAUUGAUUUUGACGAUGUAGAAGCCUGUGAAGAUGCAGAAAAGCAAGCAAGAAUUAUACGAGAAAAGUUAUUGAAUGUAAAAAAAGGCAUUAAUGAAAAACAAGCUAAUCGAGAUAGUCUUGGUUAUCGUACAAUGGAUCAUUUAAUACCGCAAUGGUGGAAUAUGACAAAAGCUGAAAUAACCGACAUUUUAUUGAAGCAAAUAUGCUUUGUUGAUCGUGGUCCUGGAAUAUCAACAUCCAUAGCCCAUUUUAUUCCGCAUAUAAUUGAUCGUCUAAAACGUCCUGAUAUUCGACAGUUACAUAUAUUACAUCGUCUAGAUAAACAGUCAACGGGUGUUUUAAUAUUAGCAUAUUCAUCAGAAGCCGAAAAACGUUUUCGUGAUCUUGUAAAUGAAAGAAAACUGAUUAAACAAUAUCUAGCAAUUGUUAAAGGAAUUCCACAACCUAACGAAGGCAUGUAG